GUGUGUGUGUGUGUGUGUGUGUGUGUGUGUGUGUGUGUAGGGAGGACUGUCUAACCAUAAAAACGAAGAAAAAUAUCAUAAAGGCAACGAUUAGCGGGUUCAAAUACGUGUCAAAAAACAGUAUAAACAAUACUAAAAGGCAGAUGAGCAACUGGGGAAAAAGUUUGCAGCAAGUGUUAUGUGCAGACGUGAUAUCAGUGGAAACAACCUUACAAAACAAACCUAUGAAAAAUUAACACCCCACCAGAAAAAUACAUGUGAAAUGUGCCUAUAGUCAACGAGGGCGGAGCCUCUGUCAAACGAAUGCUGAUGAAACGCUGAUGCUGCACUUUCUGACGCUCCUUUGCCAGCAUGAGGACCGCCUCUAAUUUGGGAGCACAAAGGCUGCACAGGCUUUGACCCACCGCUUCCACUCCGUGCGUCUAUCCUGCGGAAAUGAUCCAUGUUUAGCUGAAGACAGGCGUGCACGUCAUCCACCAUGGCGGAUGGCAGUAUUUGUUAUAGGGAGAACUCCCAGCGGCUCACGCCCAGUGACAAGGGCUCUGACAAGCUAUACCUGCAUCUGUGGGUGAUUAUGCCCUCAGAGAACACCAUGCACCACGGGAAGGGCCCUGGAGCACAGACUGGGAGCCCCCCGCCCUGAUCAAAGCCUCAGCAGCCCCAGCUGUUUGUGAUACCCUCCAGCCUCUGUGCCCCCAAGAAGACAGGCCUCCCCACCUCAGCCCCACCUGGGCCGCCAGGCCUGCCUCUGGGGUGGGCACGGUCCACUCAGAGCCAACCACUGUUGCUCCACUUUUCCGAGGGCCGGGUUUUCCGCAGGGGCUCCUCCUGCGCUAGGGAGUCUCCCUGGACCGUACACCCUACCCCCACGCCUCCUUCAGCUGGCCCUGGCCCCUGCCCCCUUCUCCACCCUCUGCCAGGGCCUCAGUCCUCCCCAAAGCCCUACUAGAGUGGACCCCAGCCCCCCAAGAGACCCCAAAGUCCAGGAGAGCGGAAGGGUUGGGGCAAGAAAGUGGGGGAGGGAGGAAAGGUGGCUGAGCCAGGAGUCACGGGCGUGGGGCGGCUGAGGGCCUCCUGGCCAUGGCUGAUCCCAGGGCAACCCACCUGGCAGGUCAGGGGAAGGGCACCUCCAGGGCUGCUUCCCCAGGGAGUUCCCGGCAACAGGGUGGGGGUGGGGGGCAUGACCAGCCAGCGAGGUCACAGAGCCCCGAGAUGUCCCUGGGGGAGGGAGCCAGAGACCCUGACAAUGAAUUUUGACCAAAAGGCGGUGAAAUUCCUGGCAAAUUUUCACAUCAAUGGAGGCGAACACUGGACCCAUGGCCCCCUAAAACAGAAGCCACUUGUGACUUCCCAGGGUGCAAGAGCUCCAGGGCUCUGGACCCCCAGCCCUGGGCCGGUCUGGGGAGGCAGGCCGGUUGGUGGAGGCCCGCCUGGAGGACCCAGGCCCAGAGCUUGCUUCCCGCCAGGGCUGGAGCGACGCCCUCCCGUCGUGACCAACCUGGGCGUCCUGGGCCCCACCAGGUACCGGGUGCCAGAUGCUUCGGCGCGAGAGUGCUCCUCACUGCCCCACUCUUCACCAUCGGCUCGCAUGCACCCCACCCUGACGUGCGCCCUCCCCGAAAGCCCCCACUGUCCGCCCUCACCCCCGGAGUGGGACCCCGGCCACCAGCGCCCCCAUGACGCUGCCCCCACCGCAGAGGGUGGCGGCUGCAGGGCGUGGCAGACCGUGUGGUUCCCGAGGGAAAGCCCUGUCACCCAGAACGACUUCAACUGGGAGCAGGUUUGCCCGGCGGGUCCUGGGGUGGGGGCGGGGGCGGGUCCCCCGAGGGAGGAGCCUGCGGCGACUUUGACCUGCAGUGGCCCUCGGCCCGCCGACUACCAGCCGCCCAGCCCGCCCGCCUGCCCGGCCUUCAGCUUCGGGGGUCGCCUUACUCCAGCCCCCCCCACCGAGGCCCGAGCCCACUUGGGGAUGCUGCAGGCCUGGGGUGCAGGGCCGUGGGCCCAGCCCCUCCUGCAGGUCCCUCUGCCGACGGGGUUAGCUCCAUCGCCUACAACAUCCUUCCCGGGUGCCGCCUGCCAGGCCCCUGCCCCCUGCACCCUGGGCCCGGCUGCCUAUGGCGUGGAGGACUGCUACAACUCGCACUUCCCCUCCGCACAUGGGGGUGGUCAUCCAAGGCUUGCAUAGACCCAAGUGCCACGACACUGGCCCCUUCUGCGCGCUCUCGAGCCCAGUGGGUGCAGCUGGCCCACCCAGUUAGCACAUG